CCCAGGGAAUGAAGAAUUCUGUAGCUGUUCUGAAGACAUUAUAGCCAAACUCAUUGUUGUCACAGGUCUGGCAAUUCUUCUGAAUGUACAGCUGGGAUCUACCUACCAGCUGAUGUGCUACUAUACCAGUUGGGCGAAGGACCGGCCAACAGAAGGGAGUUUCAAACCUGGUAAUAUUGACCCCUGCCUGUGUACUCACCUGAUCUAUGCCUUUGCUGGGAUGAAGAAUAAUGAGAUCACUUACACAAGUGAGCAAGACUUGUGGGACUAUGAAGCAUUAAAUGGUCUGAAAGACAGGAACACUGAGCUAAAAACUCUCCUGGCCAUUGGAGGAUGGAAGUUUGGAACUGCUCCGUAA